UGUGCAUGCACCCCAGCUUCUAUACACCUCAUGGGACAUGGUCUAUUUGCAUGUUCCCCAAUCUCUCCCACUCUUGCAGUUGAUCUUCAAGUGUUGGAGUUCAUGAGGAAACUCUUUGUGCAGUUGACCCCCAACACAACUGCAUGGUGUGAAGCACUUGAAAGUUUUCUAGAU